AUGGUGAGUUGAAUGACACUUUGCAACCGGCUCAAGCUGUCUGCUAUUCGGCUUUUUUUGCGAAACUUUUGCGGAUUUCCCCAACCAACCAAACUUCUCAUUUCAGGAGUGGGUGACCGCGUUCAUGCCUCUGAUCCAGACGGGAAUCCAGCUGAUCGGCAAGUGGGUCAACCCGGAUCCGCCGCCCCCGACACUUCCGCCGACACUUCCGCCGACUCCACCGACGAUCCCAGGCCAACCACCCCUACCCGCUCCCACUUUACCGCCUCCGCCACCGACGACCACCCAAGACAUGACCCUGCCGACCGUCAUUUUCUUCGGCGCCUUCGCAAUGCUGUGUUUUUCGAUCUGUGCGUCCGGUGGCGCCGCGUUCUUCUGGAUGAAGCAGAAGCAGAAGCAAGAGUCGGAGGAGCGUAGGCGGGAAGAAGAGGGCUUCAUGAGAGAGUCGGAGAUGUACGGAAUGACGACGGGACGAAGCACGACCAUGUCGGGAACCACUGGGACCACCGGAACUACUGGGACCACUAGAAGAACUACUGGGACCACUGGAACCACUGGAACCACUGGAACCAAGAUGAGGAAGAACAAGAAAAAGGAUAAGAAGAAGAAGGCGAAGAAGGCGAAGAAGAGCAGAAAGUCGGAGAGCUCGGAGAAGGGAUUGCCGGUUCCGGCUGCUCCUGAAGUGGUCCCAGUGGCUCCACCUCCUCAACCACCUCAACUGGUCCCGAUCCCUCUGGAUCCAACUCAAUUUCCACCAGCAUCACUAGCACCACCUCAACAUGUCCCAGUCGCUUUAAACCCGCUAGUUCCACCAGCUCCAACCCUUUCUCCGGCUAAUCCUGGCGUUUUCGUCCCUCCAGUGACUCCUCCUCAGGCGGUUCCGGUCUCGGUCCCAGUGGAUCAACCACCUCAACCAAUGGAUCCAGUCGUUCUUCCGAUGGAAAUGGUUCCGGCUCCCGCUCCUAUCGAUUUCCCACCUCCGCCGGCUACCCCUCAAUGA